AUGGCGAAGGAGUAUCCUGGAUCUCCCAAGAUCCACACUCUGGAAAUAAAGAGGAAUCGCGUGACCUACAUCGUAUUUAUCAGCGGCGUAUGCAUCCUGUUUUACGUCCUCGGCGCUUGGCAAGGCGCUGCCCCUGUUCCAUCAGUGCUGAAUCCCAUUUCGAACUGGGAGAAAGCUGACUGCGACCAUCAUGCGGAGAUGGCGUCUACUUCAUGGUCAGAAGGGAACGUCGACGUCGCACUCGAUUUCGAAGCCCACCACCAGCUAAGCCUGGAUGAGACGACAAUAGCGAUAGAGAAAUUCCCGUCCUGCGCCGCAGAGUUAUCCGAGUACACACCCUGCGAAGACUUCAGCAGGGGGAAGGAGUUCCCGAGGGAGAAGCUGGCUUACCGGGAGAGACACUGCCCUUCGAAACACGAGCUGCUGCAGUGCCUGAUUCCGGCUCCGCCGAAAUACAAAACUCCUUUCAGGUGGCCUCAGAGCAGGGACUACGCCUGGUACGACAACAUUCCUCAUAAGGAGCUCAGCAUCGAGAAGGCCGUUCAGAACUGGAUCCAAGUGAAAGGCGAACGGUUCAUGUUUCCCGGAGGCGGGACCAUGUUCCCGCUCGGUGCUGAUGCCUACAUCGACGAUAUUAAUGCUCUCGUCUCGUUGACGGAUGGAAGAAUAAGGACUGCAAUUGACACCGGCUGCGGAGUUGCGAGUUUCGGUGCUUAUCUCCUGCAGAGAGAUAUCUUAACUAUGUCAUUUGCGCCGAGAGACACGCAUGAAGCCCAGGUACAAUUUGCUUUAGAGCGGGGAGUUCCGGCCAUGAUCGGAGUGAUGGCGACCAGGAAAUUGCCGUAUCCGGCUAGAGCAUUUGACAUGGCUCAUUGCUCGCGCUGCCUGAUCCCUUGGUAUGAUUAUGACGGCCUGUAUCUGAUUGAAGUAGAUCGGGUUCUAAGACCAGGAGGCUACUGGAUUUUGUCCGGUCCUCCGAUUCGCUGGAAGAAGUACUACCGUGGCUGGGAAAGAACCCAGGAGGAUCUAAAGAAAGAGCAAGAUACAAUCGAGGAAAUCGCCAGGCGUCUUUGCUGGAAGAAAGUUAUCGAGAAAAAUGAUCUUUCAAUUUGGCAGAAACCCAUCAACCAUCUCGACUGCAUCGAAAGUCAUCGGAAAACCCCCCAGAGAACGCCAAACUUUUGCAAAGAUAGCAGUGAUGUCGCAUGGUACAAGGAAAUGGAGGUCUGCGUCACCCCUCUGCCUCGAGUGGGAAGGCGAGAUGAGGUAGCGGGCGGUGAGGUCCAGAGAUGGCCUGAGAGAGCAUUUGCUGUCCCUCCGAGAAUAACCGAGGGAACCAUCCCAGGGCUGACUUCGAUGAAAUUUGAAGAUGACAACAGAGUGUGGAGAGAACGGGUGGAGCAUUACAAGCAUAUCAUUCCAGCUCUGUCUCAAGCGAGAUAUCGAAAUGUGAUGGACAUGAAUGCCCACUUGGGUGGAUUCGCCGCAGCACUGGUGAAGCAUCCUGUGUGGGUGAUGAACACUGUUCCUCCCGACUCCGAUCAUGACACUUUGGGUGUGAUCUACGAGAGAGGAUUUAUUGGAGCAUAUCAUGAUUGGUGUGAAGCCUUCUCAACUUAUCCAAGAACUUAUGAUCUCAUCCAUGCCACCUCCCUUUUCACCAUUUAUCAGAAUAGGUGUGACAUAGUAUACAUUCUCUUAGAAAUGGAUAGAAUUUUGAGGCCAGAGGGUGCAGUGAUAAUACGUGACACUGUGGAUGUGCUCGCAAAAGUCCAGGUUGUAGCUGAUAGGAUGAGAUGGAAUAGCAAGAUUAUGGACCAUGAAAGGGGGCCAUUUAUCCCCGAGAAGAUCCUCGUCGCUGUUAAGACAUAUUGGACUUCUGCUGAUGCUUCUACACAGGAGUAA